CGGGCACGGCCCCAGGGCGCUCAGCUGCCCCCUGUGCCGCGGGAGCGCAGGCGGCUGCUCGUGGCGUGUUCAGCACCGCAGCUCCAAAGGGUUUAGAGGAAAGUACCAGCUCCUAAGGUUUCUCUUAGGUAAAGGUAGCUGUUUUACAGCGAGGGAAGUUCGUGUUCUGAGCGUGGGGCAGCUAAGUUCUGGCCUAAACCAAAGGGUGAUGUUUGCCAAGUUAGCCUGAAUUUCUGAACUUCAAAAAACUAGGAGUUUGAUUUUUUUUUUUUUUAAGUAAAAUGCACUCAUACCAGGCGUUUAGUUGUUCUAACGGGAAAAAGUUUUCCAGAAGAUCCCUGUGUUUAUUUAUACACCAUACAUGCUUGUAACAGUUGUUACUUAUUUGCGUGUUUGGUUGUGUUUGUUGUGCUAGUAACUGAUCAAUCAGUGUGAGUCCAAAACGGGGCUUCAUGAGGGCUCUAAAGAAUUGAUUGUUUAAAGUCUAGUCCGAUGAAUUUGGCUGUAACGGUUCAGUGUGUGUGCAGAUGGAUUGGCAAUCCCGCGCUGAGGAGCUGUCAGUGUGCUCCCGGGGACUGACGGACGGAGCCGAGCGCUCCGCGGAGCCGGGGCUGUGAGAAUGCCGAGCCCGGGGCAGCGCACGGGCUCUGGGAAUGCCCUGCAGGGUCAGGCCUGUGGCUGCAGAAACACUUCACUUUUUCUUGACUCCUGCUGCCUGCUACUUUUUUUUUUUCUUUUUUUUUCCUUAUUUUUGGUGCCUGUUACAAAAUUUCUUUUUUGUUACAUGUAUAAAGAAUUGUAUUUUUAGCAAUGACGGACUGUAGUUCGCUUCCAUCUUUCCGAGUUCAUACAGAUUUCGUUCAGAGAUUAUCUAGGGAUUUGUUCAUGGCAUUUUGUAUAGCACCUGAAGAAAUUUGCUCAAGAAAUAAACAUUAUUUUAGUUGAAAAGUUUUUUGGAUUAAAGAGUUGAUUUAAAAAUCAAAUUUUAUUUUAUAUCUUUCAGGUAACAUUCAUAUCUAAAAAUAAAAAUAAUGUUCUUAUAUUUUAAGUUUACUGUCGUGUCUUUAUGUUGAAAUUUGUAUAACUUCAGGGCUUUUUUACUUCCUUCCUGGCCCUGUCAGAAGGAGACAUGAUUGGGAUUAUCAGAGAAAGUCACUGAAAGUCCCCCACAUUUCUGGUUUGGGUGAGGCUUCUGCUGGAGUCCCAGCUCACAGAAAGCACUAUUUUGUUUGGUUUGAGGUUUUUUGGUUUGAGUUUGUUUUUUUUUUUUUUUUUUUGGCUGAGGCCUAUGCUGGAGUCUCAACUCACAGAAAGCACUAUUUUCUUUGGUUUGAGGUUUUUUUUUGGCUGAGGCGUGUGCUGGAGUCCCAGCUCACAGAAAGCACUGUUUUGUUUGGAUUGAGGCACUAGUGUGCUUCUUGGAGUAAGAUGUAGUAAACGCUGAGUAUAGACACACGUGCCUGAAAUGCUGCAGUGACUCAUGUUUUAUAGCCUGCAGCAAUGGAUCAUGUAAGACUCAAAUCCUGUAGGAGGGAAUUUGUGUCCUCAUGUUUAUGUGUAAUAAAUUAUGAAUUACUUUUUUUUCCAGUAAAACCAAAUUUUAUUCAGAAGUUUUUGUUUCCCUUCCUGAAGCAAUAAAAUACUAUUUCAUUUGUCGCUACUCUGAUUAUGAGCAGAUUCUAAAGAUAGCAGUUCAUUAGUUAAAAGCCCCUGAAUUUUUCUUACUUUAAAAAAGAUGAACUUUAAAGAUUUGAAAAACUUGUCAUCAUAAUUACGGACACGUUUUUCCUAUUGUAUAUUCCAAAGUGGAAGAUGACAUACCUUUAAUAACUGAGAUAUUCAGUGCCAUAAGUAAUGUAUAUGACUGCAAGAAACAUGCUGGUGUGGAUUUCACAUGGGAUGGAAGCAGCAGUAAGCAUAAGCAGAGUUUUAGCUCCUUAUCAUUGUUACUUAACACAUUAGUGUGCACUAGUUAAAUCAGUAUUUUUAUUUUAUCUUGAAAUAUAUAUCAAAGCUCAUGUCAAAUAUCCAAAAGAUGGGAUUUUUUUUUUUUUUUUAUAAACUGUGUCCUUUCACUCAGAUGGAGUAAAUGACAAAGUUUCAUAGAAGUAAAAGCAAAAUAAGACCAAGAGGUCAGUGUAGAAGAAGGAAACAUACGUAAUGAAAGUUUGUGUUGUGCACUCUGUUGUGUUAAUAACUCCACUAACAUUGCUUUCACUUAAUUUAAUGCUGAUUGCCUUUAACAUUUACUAAACAGUUUUGAAAAUUACUGUAGCUUAGCCUGAGACGUUUGUGAUUAGCUGCACCAAUUUGAAAUGGCCAGUUUGGAUGAUGACAGAGCCUCCUCUGCGCGUGCUUUUUUAGAAUUUGAGGGUCACAGAUUGUCUGGUUCAAUUUAUGAGCCACUUAAAUGUAUUAACCUUCCAAAGCCAGAGGGGGAAACUCUGUGGGAUAAAUUAAAUCAUUACUAUAGAAUUGUUAAAUCAACAUUGCUGGUCCAUCAAAGCCCGACUACAGGUCUGUUCCCUACCAAGACUUUUGGGAGUAACCAAAAGGCAAAAGUCCAUGAUAGCCUUUACUGUGCUGCCUGUGCCUGGGCAUUGGCCCUUGCUUACAGGCGCAUUGAUGAUGACAAGGGAAGGACCCAUGAGCUGGAGCAUUCUGCCAUAAAGUGCAUGAGAGGAAUUCUCUACUGCUACAUGCGCCAGGCCGAUAAGGUUCAGAAAUUUAAACAAGACCCCAAACCAUCUGCAUGUCUGCAUUCUGUGUUCAGUGCACAGACUGGAGAUGAGGUCUUUUCACAUGAGGAGUAUGGUCACCUUCAGGUGUCCUUCAUCCAGAAUCUGGUGUUUUGUGUGGAGAGAGCCUAUCGGGUACCAGAUUUUGGUGUCUGGGAAAGAGGCAGCAAAUAUAACAAUGGCAGUCCAGAGCUGCACUCAAGCUCCGUGGGACUGGCCAAAGCAGCUUUAGAAGCAAUUAAUGGUUUCAAUCUCUUUGGAAAUCAGGGCUGCUCUUGGUCUGUCAUAUUUGUGGAUUUUGAUGCCCAUAACCGGAACAGGCAAACCCUGUGCUCCUUGCUGCCCCGGGAGUCAAGGUCUCAUAAUACUGAUGCAGCUCUUCUGCCAUGCCUUAGUUAUCCUGGGUUUGCUUUGGAUGAUGAGGUUCUGUUUGGUCAAACACUAGAUAAAAUUAUUAGGAAGUUGAAAGGCAAAUAUGGGUUUAAGAGGUUUCUGAGGGACGGGUACAGGACGGCGCUGGAGGACAGGACACGGCGUUACUAUAAACCAGCAGAAAUCAAGCUUUUUGAUGGCAUUGAGUGUGAAUUUCCUCUUUUUUUUAUUUUCAUGAUAAUUGAUGGUAUUUUUAGAGGAAACCCUACACAAGUAAAGGAGUAUCAGGAUCUCUUGGACCCUUUGCUUCAAUAUACAUCUGAAGGCUGCCCUGUUGUCCCCAAGUAUUACUACGUGCCUGCUGACUUUGUGGAGCUGGAGAAGAGGAGCCCGGGCAGCCAGCGGCGGUUCCCCAGUAACAACGGGCGGGAUGGGAAGCUGUUCCUUUGGGGCCAGGCCAUGUACAUCAUUGCCAAGCUGCUGGCUGAUAAAUUAGUGAGUCCUAAAGAUCUCGACCCUAUUGGCCGGUACGUACCUCCCCAGGACCAGCGCAAUGUCAGCAUGAGGUUCUCAAACCAGGGUCCUUUAGAAAAUGAUUUGGUGGUACAUGUGGCCCUGAUAGCAGAAAGCCAGCGCCUGCAAGUUUUUCUGAACACAUAUGGAAUCCAAACUCAGACCCCCCAGCAGGUGGAACCAAUUCAGAUAUGGGCUCAGAAAGAACUUGUCAAAGCUUACUUCCAUUUGGGAGUCAAUGAGAAACUGGGAUUAUCUGGAAGACCAGACAGACCCAUAGGAUGCCUUGGAACAUCAAAGAUUUAUCGAAUACUAGGGAAGACUGUAGUUUGCUACUCGAUCAUUUUUGAUCUCAGUGAUUUCUACAUGUCUCAGGAUGUUAUGAUGUUGAUUGAUGACAUUAAGAACGCCCUGCAGUUCAUUAAGCAGUACUGGAAAAUGCACGGCCGGCCCCUGUUUGUUGUGCUGAUCCGGGAAGACAACAUCAGAGGGAGCAGAUUCAGCCCCAUAUUAGAUAUGCUGGCAGCCUUUAGAAAGGGACUUGUUGGAGGAGUGAAGGUUCGUGUUGACAGAGUACAGACAUUAAUAUCUGGAGCAGUUGUUGAACAACUGGACUUCCUAAGCAUCACUGAAACGGAAGAGGCUCCUGUAUUUAAGAGUUUGGAGGAGCUGGAUCUUCCAAAACAUUCAAAAGUCAAGAGACAAUCUAGUACUCCCAAUGCUUCUGAACUUGAGCAGCAACCAGAUGUAAAUAUUAAUGACUGGAAAAACAAGUCAACAUAUGAGAUCCUGCAGAAACUUAAUGACUGCAGUUGUCUGGCAAGUCAAGUGUUACUCUCAAGUAUUUUGCUUAAAAGGGAAGGGCCGAAUUUUAUCACCAAGGAAGGUACUGUUGCUGAGCACAUUGAAAGAAUCUACAGACGAGCUGGCAGCAGAAAGCUCUGGUCUGUUGUGCGCUUCGCAGCAAGUCUUUUAGGUAAACUAGUGGACAGCCUUGCACCAUCUAUUACUAAUGUUUUAGUUCAGGGCAAGCAGGUGACACUGGGAGCUUUUGGCCAGGAGGAAGCAGUUAUUUCUAACCCCCUGUCGCCCGCAGUGAUUAAGGACAUGAUCUAUGAUAAAUGCCGAUUACAAGAUGAAAGAGAAGCUGUGGUGCAGCAGGAACUUGUCAUCCAUAUUGGCUGGAUCAUCUCCAAUUCCCCAGAACUCUUCAGUGGAAUGCUGAAGAUACGGAUUGGAUGGAUCAUCCAUGCUAUGAAGUAUGAACUGAAAAUCCGUGCUGGGGAUAUGCCAGCCAAGGACUUGUACCAGAUGUCCCCCAGUGAGGUGAAGCAGCUCCUGCUGGACAUUCUGCAGCCUCAGCAGCCGGGCAGGAGCUGGCUGAACAGGAGGCAGCUGGAUGGCUCCCUGAACAGAACUCCUGCGGGCUUCUACGACCGCGUGUGGCAGAUCCUGGAGAGAACCCCCAACGGCCUGAUCGUGGCAGGGAGAUUCCUGCCCCAGCAACCAACCUUAUCGGAUAUGACCAUGUACGAAAUGAAUUUCUCCCUCCUAGUUGAAGAUAUGCUGCAAAACAUCGACCAGCCACAAUACAGGCAAAUCAUCGUGGAGUUGCUGAUGGUUAUAUCUGUUAUUUUGGAGAGAAAUCCUGAGCUAGAGUUCCAGGACAAAGUGGACUUGGACAAGGUGGUGCAAGAAGCAUUUCAUGACUUUCAGAAAGAUCACAGCAGUCCAAAGGGAGCUGAAAAUCAAAGUGACAUGACUGCAUUCUACAACACCCACCCACUUGGAAAAAAGGGAACGUGCAGCUACUUGAGCAAGGCUGUGAUCACCUUGCUGCUGGAAGGGGAAAUGAAAUCAAGCCACGAUGAUCCUUGCACCAUUAGCUAAGGCUUGGCACACAGCACAGGAAUUGUUGCUUUACUGAGUGUUCCAUGUAUUUUUCAAGCCGAUUAUAAGGGACUGGUUUGAAGGGUAACCCUGGCUGGUGACACAAAUGCAUCCUUAUCCUUUGCUGAAAGAAGUGCCAUUAAAGAUACCAAGUGCCACCACACUUUUUCCUUUCUCAGCUAUGCAGCAUGAAAGUAAGCACAUGAACCUAGUCCUAUGGUAUUUGAUUAAGUUGAAUGGGAAUGUAUUUAUGAUCUUAAAAUAUGCAUCUACUGUAGCUGGUAAAUUCAAGGGAACGGCAGUAUGAGAUUUUGUCUUUAUACCUCUAUUUAUUUAUAAUUGCAAACAAGUAGAAGAUAAAUUAAUAUGCAUACCAAUCAGUGUGGAAAUACAAAAACUGGAUUAUUUUCUUAUUAUUCUACAAACAAAUUGGAGGUGAAGUAUUUCUUAUUCUCUUAAGGUUUUCUUUAUCGGUUCAAGUGAUAGCAUUCAUUUACUGUGUUGGGUUUUUUAAUUUACAGGUUGGUAACUUGAUAUACAGGUUUCAUCCUAAUAGAGCAACUUUUUAUUUCUAGAAAUACACAUCACUGUAUUUUCCCCAUUGUUAUUUAAACAUUUAACAAGGGAAAUGUAUGGUAACACAAUAAAAGUUUGUUUUUUAAAAAAGGCAAACAAGCUGUAUUUAAAUUAAAAUAAUUGAAGAAAUAACUUUGUAUUACAUAUGUUAUCACGGUAUUAAAUAAUUCAAGAUACACUUAUUUAUCUCCUGAAUGUGUGAAAACACUGUAUGUUGUAUGCUUUAUUUUGGUGAAAAUAAUAAAAAGCAAAUGCUUGUAAAAAAAAAACCUGUCAAAAAUAAGUGACAUGCAAAGAGA